AUGCUGGCGUUCGGUGACGAACAUGCCCCGCAACUCAUCUGUGCGAGAGCAUGCGCCGUUUGCAUCGGCGCAUUUGCAUCGGAGGUGGAAGGCCGACCACCGGCCGCCGACCACCGCCGACCAUCGACCAACGCCGACCACCGACCAACGCCGACCACCACCAACCACCGACCACCACAGACCAUCGACCAACUCCGACCACCGACCACCGCCGACCGUAGACCAACUCCGACCACCAACCACCGACCACCACAGACCAUCGACCAACUCCGACCACCGACCACCGCCGACCGUAGACCAACUCCGACCACCAACCACCGACCACCACAGACCAUCGACCAACUCCGACCAUCGACCAACUCCGACCAUCGACCAACUCCGACCACCGACCACCGCCGACCGCAGACCAACUCCGACCACCGACCAACGCCGACCGCCACCAACCACCGACCACCCCAGACCAUCGACCAACUCCGGCCACCGACCACCGCCGACCGUAGACCAACUCCGACCACCAACCACCGACCACCACAGACCAUCGACCAACUCCGACCACCGACCACCGCCGACCGUAGACCAACUCCGAGCACCAACCACCGACCACCACAGACCAUCGACCAACUCCGACCAUCGACCACCGCCGACCGUAGACCAACUCCGAUCACCGACCACCGCCGACCGCAGACCAACUCCGACCGCAGACCAACUCCGACCACCGACCAACGCCGACCGCCACCAACCACCGACCACCACAGACCAUCGACCAACUGCGGCCACCGACCAACGCCGACCACCGGCCACAAAAACGGGUCCAAGAGCCAAAGAAAGCCAUAG